UACACAUUUCUCAGGCAAUGUCCUGACAAAAGAAUAAAGCGGCGUGUCGCCAUCACACGCAACGAUACAUGGUUUCGCAACCGAUUCGAAUCUAAUCAAAUUCUUUUGUCGAAUGAAGGCAAACGUUGUUCUCCCAAGCGUCGUGGAAUCUCCGCAUCCAUUCUAGGGAUGCCUUGCUUCCUGAACUUUCCAUAUGGGAUCAUCUCGCAUUGUCAAUGUCGGCUUUUGUGGGACCGUAGAUCCUUGUACUGCCCAGUCACCUUUAAAAGGGUCACAAUGGUCUUGCGGGCACCCACAGGCAGUGCCUUUAAAUUUUCAUCGAUCGAUACUCGCACUGUGUGCCCUUUUACUUGCGUCCUCUAAUGUCUAUUAAGCCUGUUCGUACUUCCUACUCCACGAUGUCGAAGCCCAUUGCCACGUCCCCCUUCUCCCCUGUUAAUUAUAAUAUGCCAACCGAGGCUAACACGACGCCUGUGCCUCUUCUCCCACCUGGCCUUCCCCUGCAGAGGCGUACCCGACCUCGGUCUGGCAGCUUCAUCGGUGUCAGCCCCUUCGCUCCUCAUGGACCCAGGGGUUACCAAUGCCCCGCUGACCCCAACACUCCACCACCUCCGCCCAGCGCCCAAGGUGAUCCUACCGGCCAAUUCGGCGACCGCACUAAACAGAGAGGUCUCCUCGCACCUUUGCCUUCCUGCGACUCCGACAUGAAACAUCCAGACCUGGAAGCCGACUCAGCAGACUGCGAGAGCAAGCAGCCUGUUUACACCCACUUUUACCGUUACGACUCUAAAGCCAGGCGUCCCGUCCUUGUGCAAUGCCCUACCCUUCCUCCAAUCGCUCCCAUUGCCAGACCAAAGGCAAAAGUCAAACUCCCCAGUAUCUCCGCGAUUCACCCUCCAAUCGUGAAACCUCAGGCUGUGAGACCGGCCCGCGCCCUCCCUCUUCCACGUACUUCUUCCCCUGAUCCAAAUGCGUUUGCCCGCAUGGUUGCUGGGAUGAUCCUUCAUCGUCAACCGGCAGGUGGCUCCCCUCGAAGGAAACUGCGAAGCAUGGGAUACGUCAAAAGCGGCUUGUCUAGCGUUGUUUCCAUCAUUGCGUAAACAUCCGUGAUCCUAGUCGUUGCGACGCCUCCGCCAGGAUCUCCAUUUUUUCUGUCACGGUCACCACUGCAUUAUCCAUCGUCUCAAUGCUAUGUUGUACUAUUUUUCAUCAUCUCAUGACAUCGCAGCAUAACCCCAAUACAUCAUAUCUAUUACCACCUUUAGACACUGUAACAACGACCCCGGUACAUACCUUGACCUAUUGUACGUU